AUGCUUAUCCUCAUCGCUGGUAUAACCGGAAUGGUCGGGCAGCCGUUGGCCCGCGCCGCCAUCGCUCAAGGCCAUUCAGUCCGUGGUCUAAGCAGAAACGCGGAUAAACUCGACCCAGAAAUCUCCUCCAAGCUCGAGUCUUUCAUCACUUGUAGAGACUAUUUCGACUCAGAGUCUUAUAAGAAGGGUGUCCAAGGAGUCGAUGCCGUCAUCGCUGCUUUGCCAGCUGUGCCAAGUAUUAUUGGAGCAGGCCAGUUAUCUCUUCUGUUGGAGGCAGAGAAAGCAGGUGUCAAGGUUUUCCACGCCGCAUCAUGGAACUUUGAUUGGACAAAGCUCAACAUGGGUGACCAUGAGACUUAUGAUGCUUACAUGUCUUUCAAGCGUCUUGCUGAACUCUCGAGUGGGUUGAAACCCAUUUACGGAUUCUGCGGCUCUAUCCUAGAAUACAUGUUUAUCAACUGCAAGAAGGAUGGACGCCGAUCUGCUAUCGACUCUGAGAGCAAGACAGUUACUUACUGUGGUACUGGUGAGGACAAGAUGUCUUUGAUCAGUGCUGACGACUUGGCAAAAUAUACACUGGCAGCGAUAGCCGACCCGGAGAUUAUACAGAGGGGUGUUUAUUACGUCGAGUCUUUCAGAUGCACAGUUCCCGAGCUCGGUGAAAUGUAUGGAAAAGCACGAAAUAUCGACAUCAAGAAGCAACCUGUUGGUGGUCGACCUGAGCUCGAAGGAAUGCUGGCCCAGGCAAGACAGUUCAUGAGUCCUUUGGAAUCAAACAAGUAUAUCGAUUUGGCCUACGCACUUGCGAUCUUGGAGGGUGUGGCGCUUGCUGAUCCCAGUGAUUGCAAGGGGUGGGAAGAGACGAUUACUCCCACGGGAUUCGAGCAAUGGCUGAACGAGCACCCUGAAGUCUAA